GCGUGGUUCCCGGGUGUCGGCCUGUCGCAAGUCGCAAGAUAGAGACGGCGCGCGCGCGCGGCACGGCAGGUGUGGUGCGGCGAGGCAUGGCCCAGUGACGCGGCGGGGCAUGGCCGCAGGCGAUCAUGUACCAGCAGUUGGACGCGCCUCCGAAGAAGCAGGACAACUGCUUCAAACGAUUUGGAAUUCUGAUCCUAGCGCUGUGUUUCUGCUGCAUCCGUCGGUGUCUGAGCCCAUUCCGAAGCAAUGACGGAAACACGGAAGACGAGGAGUCUGGAGAGCGUAAAGUGAAUCGUUCCCGCAGCGCGUCGAAGGGCAAGGACUCCGGCGGGCAGGAGUCGGGCGAUGACGCACUCGACGGCGGCGUCGGCGAUUCCUCGGAUCAGAGUCUCGGACGAAUCCACUUCAAGUUGGAGUAUGAUUUCAACGCCAAGACGCUGACAGUGGUGGUGAUCCGAUGCGAAGGCCUGCCUGCGCUGGAUGUCGGCGGCACGUCCGACCCCUACGUCAAGAUCUACUUGUUGCCCGAGAAGAAGAAGAAACACGAGACCAAGGUUCAGAAAAACACACUCAAUCCCGUGUUCAACCAGACCUUUACUUUUAAGAUGCCAUACGCUGACGUCAUCAACAAGACGCUGGUGUUUGCCAUCUUUGAUUUCGACCGGUUCUCGAAGCACGACCAGAUCGGUGAGGUGCAGCUGCCGCUGUGUAACGUCGACCUGGCCAACGUGAUCGAGGAGUGGCGCAACCUGGUCAGCGUAGAGAGCGACGCCGAACUGGAGAAAAAGUUGGGAGACAUUUGUUUUUCCAUACGCUAUGUACCAACGUCUGGAAAAUUGACAAUCGUCAUUCUCGAGGCGAAGAACUUGAAGAAAAUGGAUGUGACAGGCUUGUCAGAUCCAUACGUUAAAGUGGAAUUGAUGCUUGGAAAGCGAAAACCGAAGAAGAAGAAAACUUCCGUCAAAAGCAACACCCUAAAUCCGUAUUUCAAUGAGAGCCUUUCCUUCGACAAGAUCAACAGAAAUCAGAUCGAGAAGGUUAAGCUGGUAGUGACGGUGGUGGACUACGACCGGAUCGGCUCGUCGGACCCGAUCGGCCGGUGCGUGCUCGGCAGCAUGGCAAGCGGCGCCGAGCUGCGCCACUGGACCGACAUGCUGGCUGCGCCGCGCCGACCCAUCGCCGCAUGGCACACGCUGCAGGACCCGGAGCCCGACGAGUGACGCACGUGGCACCCGCGUCCAUCCUGCGUGGCGCGCAGGCACGCAGGCUCCACCCGUGGCACGCAGCGCCACGGACGGAGCCUGGCUUAUCAUCCACAGGGUUCCUGUCAAGAGUCAUUCAGAAUCGUAACAAAAAAACAAGGCUUUCAUCCUUAACCCGACAGUCCCGUUUCUGUCCGUCGGUGAUCUGCAUGACGCCCCACGUCUGAACACAGCCGAGUGUGGCCCGUGCGGUGCUGGCUGGUAGGUGAUCCAAUUACACACAGAGCCCGAGGACGGCCGCUGGGAGAAGCCCGGCCGAUCACAGAGCCCGAGGACGGCCGCUGGGAGAAGCCCGGCCGAUCACAGAGCCCGAGGACGGCCGCUGGGAGAAGCCCGGCCGAUGGCUGGACGUGCUGACGUUGCCAACAGGGCUCAGUGGACUAACAACAACGGUGAACUUUGCCAAUAGCUGGGGCUCUCGAAGUCGCCCGUCAACCCACACAUCGAGGCGUAGGCGGGACUAGAAGGGAUAUGCCUGGCUCACGCAGGGUACGACUAACAACAACGGUGAACUUUGCCAAUAGCUGGGGCUCUCGAAGUCGCCCGUCAACCCACGCAUCGAGGCGUAGGCGGGACUAGAAGGGAUAUGCCUGGCUCGCGCAGGGUACGCCCCGUCAAUCCACACAUCGAGGCGUAGGCGGGACUAGAAGGGAUAUGCCUGGCUCGCGCAGGGUACGCGCAUGCGCACGACUCCUGCAAAGACAUAAUAGCUGGUGUUUUGACGUGGUAUUGUGACCCUGAUGAGUGCAUUGUACGCCUGUAUGGGUAGUCAUUAGCGAUCACUUAAGAACGCUUGUUGUCCUUUGAGAAUGCGGAGGGAACUUCACGAAGGCCGUGCCUGUGACGUUCCUAGCAGAGAACAUGCGUGUGUGAACGUCACUGCCAUCUGACCCAGCUCCGCUUUCUCUUGAAAUAAAUGGCUGAGAAUGUAAUCACCAUCA